ACCGCUAGUCAAAUGUUGCAGGAGAUCGAGGAGGCUGUAUUUGAAGAGCAGACUGAGUUGGCUACUGCUACUCCCCGGGAGGCGGAGCUUUUUGACCCUGCCAGUCUGUUGGCCAGUAAUGACACCACCACCUCUUCCUCUUCAUCAUCAUCAUCAUCAUCAUCAUCGGUGUCACCAUGUCCCAGCGACGUAUCGGACAGCAAGUGCCUGUUGGCGUCUUCUGGAGAUGAUUCGUCGCCUCUCCGAGACUGCAUCCCCAUGACUGUUGCAGAAAAUUCUGGCUCUAUUGAGAGAAGGCGAUCAAAGCGUGGCGCUGUUGGGAUUGGAACUGAUAAAUCUCCUCCUGACCAGGCUGGCUUGCCUGGAGAUGAUCGGGCCGUCAGCUCCGAUAACAAGUAG